CAGGAUAAGGUGAUGUUGUUUGUGAACCAGGUCGCCGAGAUCGUCCACACGAUCGUCGACACUUGGCACGGCGCCGCGAAUCGGAACAUCGGCGAUGCAUUCCUGAUCGUCUGGCGCCUGCACGAGAACGCCGCCACGUGGCAGAGGCAGAAGCUCGGCGACAUGAGCGUAAUCUCUUUGGCACAGAUCGUGGCGGCUGUCAACAAGAGCGCUGUGCUCCAGGACUACCGGGAACACCCAGGGCUGGUCGCUCGCCUGCCUGGCUACCGCGUGCGUGUGAACUUCGGCCUGCACUACGGCUGGGCCAUCGAGGGCGCCAUUGGCUCCGAGUUCAAGAUCGACGCGUCCUACCUGUCCCCCCACGUCAGCAUGGCCGGCCAGCUGGAGGCAGUGACCAAGCAGUACCAGGUGCUGAUUCUCGCGAGCGAGCCCCUGAUGCGGCUGUGCAGCGCGCAGAUGGAGGCGUACUUCCGGGCCGUGGACCGCGUGCUGCUCAGGGGAGCUCGCGAGCCGCUCCGGCUCCACACCGUCGACCUGAACGCGGACAUCCUGGAGUACGAGCGCGCCGCUCGUCCGUCGACCCGCCUGAACCAGUUCGAGCUCCGGAGGGAGCGCGAGGCGGCAAAGGAGGAGAAAUUGUCGCAUCUCUUCAACGUGCCCAGCCUCUUCAAGACCGACGAGGACCUGAAGAUGAUGCGAGCCAAGUUUCCGUCCACCUUUUUCAGCAGCUUCCGCAAGGGAAUGCUCAACUACGAGGCCGGCGAAUGGGACGUGGCCCGCACGGAGCUCGAGCUCACGCGGAACAUGCUGUGGGGACCCAGCUCCCCGGACGGGCCAUCCAAAGCGCUCUUGGACUUCAUGGCGCAGUUCGACUACGAGCCCUCGCGGGCCACCCCGAAGGGGUGGCCUGGCUUCCGGGAGAUCGCGGGCACGUAGGGCCAGCCGUACGCAGCCGCCGUUGCCCCUGUUGCUGUUGCCUUGUCCUCCUCGCCCCUCUGGGAGGACGCCAGCUAUCCUUCCAGUUCUCCCAUCGUUUAUCGAAUCUCCAUCCCCACUGGGCCAUGGUAUCUCAGCCCUGCCAGACCAGCCCCCGAAGAUGGGGACAGGCCCUGCGGAGCCCGAAGGGAACGGCACAUAUCCCCCAUCCGGGGCGAUAGACCGGCAAGUGGGGCCAAUGCCAUGCAAGUGGGGACAGGGAUCGGUUAAAAACGAUCCUCACUGUCCUUCGCCUCCUGCCUCCGCCCCCCCCCCCCCCUCAACGCCGGGCAAGCGGUCGCGCCUGCCAGGGGGCCC